UAAUAUGCAAUUCAAGUCCAUCUGCUCUACACCAUUCCCAUCAGCUUCUUCUCUUUCAAUCAUUUCUGCGUUAAGCCAGCUUUGUCUGUUUUCUGUCUGCCUUAAUUUAUAGCAAAGCCUCAACCUUAGCUGUGAAGCAUUUUUCUUUGUUUUAGUUUAUAUCUCAUGGCAACAUCUUCUAGCAGUAGUGGCGCCUUUGAUGCAGUAAUGUUUCAAUUGUAUCUAGUGGCAUGCUCUUCUAGCAGUAUUCGUGCUUUCGAUGCAAUAAUGUUUCAAUUGUAUCGAAUGGCAUACUCUUAUCGUAGUAGUGGUGCUUUUGAUGCAGUAAUGUUUCAAUAUUAUCUAAUGGUAUCCUCUUCCUACACUGCUGGUACUUUUGAUGCAAUAAAUGCCAUCUGCUUCUACUUUUGUUGCAUCCUCAUCUGGAACCAAACUCUUGCCCUAUGAUAUAUUCAUAAAUCAUUGUGGACAAGAUGUCAAACACACUCUCGCCAGCAAGAUCUACGAUUCCUUAGAUGCCACGGGAUUGAAAGUGUUUCUGGAUAAAGAUGAGUUGGAUCUUGCGGAUUACUUUCCCAAAGCCAUAGAAGAAGCAAUCAAAAGUUCUUCUCUUCAUAUCGCCAUAUUUUCUGAACAUUAUGCACAAUCCCCCUGGUGUUUGGCCCAAUUGUUUUGUAUGCUACAAACCCCCAGCAAAUUUAUGCCCAUUUUCUAUCAUGUUGAUCCUUCUGAUUUAAGAUGGGCGAUUGAAGGAAAAGGAAUUUAUAAAGGUGCCUUUUCUGAUUAUGUAGAGAGGAAAAGAUACCCUUCAGAACUGCAACGUUGCAAACAGGCACUCCAACAAGCUUCCCUUUUUACUGGCGACAUAAUUAAGAAAGAGAAUCUGGGAUAGUGAUACUGACUUGGGAGGUUUUCCUCAACUAUGACGUCUGGCACUGUGUUUUCAGUAUUUAUUUCCUUCAUAUUUAUACCCUUGAUAUUGGCGGCUGAUUUGAACGAUGAUACCAUCAAUGGGCUGUCUAAGCUGCAAACUAUGACCAUUGAUGAGUACAUAAAUUACAUCAAUCCUCCAGCGGUGCAUAAAUUUCAGAACGGCAAUGGAGAAAAAGUACUUUGUGUAAAAUAUGAAGACCAGAUAUCCCUUCAAUCGGGAAACACUAGCAAAGGUUCAAGGGAUAAUUUUGCGUACAAAAAUUCGUCGGCAGAAGAGUGCCCAGAGGGAAGUGUGCCCAUCGUGGAGAUCACACGUGAACGUGUUGAAAGAGCAGGAUCUCUGAGACAAUACUUAAAUACAGGAUUGCACGAUAACACACAGAAAACUCAUGAAGAAGCCAAGAGCGCAGUAGCAUUUAUAAGUCCAAGGGGAAGCCAGGAGAUCCAUGAGAUCAAAGCUUCUUUCAACGUAUGGCAACCUUCCGUGGACACCAGUAAUUCAGUUUUUAGCGCCGCUAUAUUGCGUCUUCUCCAUGAGAAUCCUGAUGAGUCAAUAAACGAAGCAAUGGAAGCUGGAUGGAUGGUUUACCCCAGUCGCUAUGGUAGUCCACGCGUUACAUUUUAUGUUGCCCAUAGGGUUUUCCGUAAGGGCGAGGAAAAAGACUGCAUCGACCUAUCUUGUAAAGAUUUUAUUCAAGAAGGAAAAGAAUACUAUCCAGGAAUGCCAAUUCCUGGUAUUUCUGCAUAUGAUGGUACACAGAUGGACAGCACCAUAAGCAUAAGAAGAGAAACCAGGGGUAAUAAUGCAAACAAUCUAGUGUGGGCAGUAUAUUUACAAGACAAGUUAGUGGGUCAUUGGCCUGCAAUUCUUUUCCACGACUUGACAUUUUAUGGGAAUUUGGCCCAAAUUGGAGGACAAGUAGUGAUAAGAUCUGGCAAGCGAGGAACUCCGUUUCCCAAGACGGAAAUGGGUAGUGGAGACUUCGCUAGAAAAGGUUUUAAGAAAGCAGCUUUUGUCAGGAACAUACGAUUGUUUACUAAUAAUGGUGCUCUUAUAACUGAUAGAAAAACGAAUUACUUCCUAAGUAAAAGACAUUGUUAUGGUAUAAAAGGAUAUGUGAAACAAGAUGACUAUUGGGGGCAUCAUAUAUAUUAUGGAGGUCCUGGAGGUAAUGCUGGUUAUUGUACGUAUUGAAAUACUUUUGCCCCAAAGCAUGAAUGAUAUGAAGCCGAGUGUGUGAGCUGCACAGCAGCAGAGAAAUAAAAUAUAUGCACUUAAAUGUACUUUCUGGUGUAUUUGAAUAGUGUAUCUUUUUCUUCGAA